GGCUACACGUCGCCAUCAGCCGCCAACUUCCCCCCAAGAAGUCCGCGAUCCCAUUCCAACUCCUACUCCCGCUCUCAUCAGCAGCCCACUGGUUCCAUCAGCCCAUCGAAUCGGGCUACGCCGCACAUGACUUCUCCCAGUCUGCGGCACGCCGCUUCGCCCAGCGUGCACGCCUCGUCCAAUGGCGCCCCCGUCACCUCGUUACCUCCCCUGGGAAAGCCCGACCCUUCUCCCUUGAAAGCUCCUGCCAGUACCCCCAGCCGCUCCGCCGAUCCCAUGUCCUUCUCCAAUAUCCUCUCCAAUGCCGAGCCCAUCUCGAAGCCAAAGUCAAAGUCGCCCCCGCCCGUCGAGGAGGAGAGGGCCGCCAAGGUCGACUCCAAGCCCGAGCGCAGCGAGAAGCCUCGCUCCGUCGAGCCACCCGUCAAGACCGAGCGCAGCCAUCGUGAAGCCGAGAUCGAACUCCGACCCGAACCUGUCAAGGAGCGAGCGAGCACGCCGCUAGUCAGGAAAGAGAGAAAGGAGAGGGUUCCUAGAAAGUCAAAGUCACGGGCCUCCGAUAUCCGAGAUGCCGAGUCAACUCCCAAGUCGAGCCGUCGAGCCUCCUCCAAGCACGAUACCCCUACUCCCCGCGUGCCCUCCAAGCGUCAGGCCAACGGCCAGCCGAAGCAAAAGACCUUGUCCGCCGAGAAGGAGAAGAAGGUCAUGGACCUGAUCGCCCAGCUCGAUGCAGAUGCCGACGACCUGACCGAUUCUGACCUCGCCGCCGAGCGCGCUCAGUACCAGGAGAGCGGCAACAAGCGUCGUCGUCUCAUGCAAGAAAAGGAUGGCAAUCGCAACGUCGAUCGACGCGAAGACUUCGUGGUGGAGAUCGGUCGUAGGCUGGGCGCUCUUGCCGAGCUCGGAAAGCGCCGCUACGAUGACAUCUACUACGAAGAAGCGAUGAACGAGGUCCGCGAGCGCGAGCUCUUCGCCGAGAAGGAGCGCAAGAAGGACAUGCAGCGUAAGCGCCGCCGCGAGAAGUCCAUGGCCGUCACCAUGGAGCAGCAGAAGCUCGCCCUCGAGCGCGCGCGUCUGGCCGAGGACGAGACGGAGAAGGCGAAGCACCUUCGGGACGCAGAGCGAGCUAACAAGAAGGCCCUGCAAACGAAGCUGAUUCUCCAAAAGGGCAUCAAGGGACCCGCACGCAACCUUGUCGAACUCAACCUCGACGGCGGCACCAUGGCCACCUUCCAGGCCUCCGACAUGGAGCCCGGCACCAAGCCCAAGGGCAAGGGCCGUAGCGGUCCCCGGCCGAAGAAGUCUAAGGAGCAGAAGCAGGCCGAAAAAGACGCCGCGGAAGCUGCCCAGGCCGCCAUCGACGCUGGCGAGGAACUCCCGGUCAAGGAAGAGUCCAAGAUCCGCAUCAAGUUCAGCAAGAAGAACAAGGAUAAGGACAAGGAGAAGGAGAAGAACAAGGACAAGGACCUUGACGAGCCCGACGUCGAGAUCGAGGGCGAUGUCGAUGUCGAUGUCGACGACGACACCAUCAUCGAGCCCACCAAGGAGAAGAAGGAGAAGAAGGGCAAGAAGAAGGACAAGGAGAAGAAGGAGGAUAAGCCCGAGGAGCCACCCAACAAGGAUGCCAAGUUCGAGACCAAGGGCUUCCUCCAGAUCUACGACCAAAUCUGGCGCGAUCUCGCCCGCAAGGACGUCAGCAAGACGUACAAGAUGGCUACUGAAUCGUAUCAGACCAAGGCGUCGAACCUUAAGAAGACGGCUAUCCUCGCCUCCAAGGAAGCCAAGAGGUGGCAGCUCCGGACGAACAAAGGCAGCAAAGACCAGCAGGCUCGCGCCAAGCGUGUCAUGCGCGACAUGAUGGGCUUUUGGAAGCGCAACGAGCGUGAGGAGCGUGAUCUCAGGAAGGCUGCCGAGAAGCAGGAGAUUGAAAACGCCCGCAAGGAGGAGGCCGAGCGCGAAGCCGCCCGCCAGAAGAGAAAGCUCAACUUCCUCAUCUCGCAGACCGAGCUGUACUCCCAUUUCAUCGGCAAGAAGAUCAAGACGGACGAGGUCGAGCGCAGCACCGACAACCCGGAGAUUGCUGCCGAGGACAGGAACGAGCCCACGCACAAGCUGGACAUCGAGGAGCCGACCGGGCCCUUGGGCGCCAAGGUCACCGACUUCGACAACCUUACUUUCGAGGAGGAGGACGAGGAGACCCUGCGCCGGGCCGCCGUGGCCAACGCCCAAAACGCCAUCGCCGAGGCCCAGAGAAAGGCCAGGCAGUUCAACGAGCCGUCCGGCCCGGACAUGGACGAGGAGGGCGAGAUGAACUUCCAGAACCCCGCCGGCAUGGGCGACGUGGCCAUCGAGCAGCCCAAGCUGAUCAACGCCCAGCUCAAAGAGUACCAGCUCAAGGGUCUCAACUGGCUCGCCAACCUGUACGAGCAGGGAAUCAACGGCAUCCUCGCCGACGAGAUGGGUCUCGGGAAGACGGUCCAGUCCAUUUCCGUCAUGGCCUACCUCGCCGAGAAGUACGACAUCUGGGGCCCGUUCCUCGUUGUCGCGCCCGCUUCCACCCUCCACAAUUGGGAGCAGGAAAUCAGAAAGUUUGUUCCCGAGUUCAAGAUCCUCCCAUACUGGGGCUCGGCCGGCGACCGAAAGGUUCUCCGAAAGUUCUGGGACCGCAAACACACCACCUACAAGAAGGACGCGUCGUUCCACGUCUGUGUCACGUCGUACCAGCUUGUGGUUUCCGACGUCGCGUACUUCCAGAAGAUGAAGUGGCAGUACAUGAUUCUCGACGAGGCCCAGGCCAUCAAGAGCUCUCAGAGUUCCAGAUGGAAGAGUCUGCUCAACUUCCACUGCCGCAACCGCCUACUCCUCACUGGUACGCCCAUCCAGAACAACAUGCAGGAGCUGUGGGCCUUGCUCCAUUUCAUCAUGCCGUCCCUCUUCGAUUCUCACGACGAGUUCAGCGAGUGGUUCUCCAAGGAUAUCGAGUCGCACGCGCAGAGCAACACGAAGCUCAACGAGGACCAGCUCAAGCGCCUGCACAUGAUUCUGAAGCCGUUCAUGUUGCGUCGCGUCAAGAAGCACGUCCAGAAGGAGCUGGGCGACAAGAUCGAGGAGGACGUCUACUGCGAUCUCACCUACAGACAGAGAGCCAUCUACAGCAACCUGAGGAACCAGAUCAGCAUCAUGGACCUCAUCGAAAAGGCGACUGCGGGCGACAACGACGACUCGGGAACGCUCAUGAACCUCGUCAUGCAAUUCCGAAAGGUGUGCAACCACCCCGACCUGUUUGAGAGAGCAGACACCACGUCGCCGUUCUCGUUCGGCUACUUUGCAGAGACCGCCUCCUUCGUCCGAGAGGGCAACAUGGUGGCCGUGGGCUACUCGACACGCAACCUGAUUGAAUACGAGCUGCCGCGUCUUGUGUGGAGAGAGGACGGUAGGCUGCACAAGACCGGCAAGGAUAACCUCAAGGCCGGCUGGCGGAACAAGACCCUCCAGCACAUGAUGAAUAUCUUUACGCCGGAGCACAUCCGCGCCAGCAUGGAGGGAUCCGGCGCAUUCUCGUUCCUGCGCUUUGCCGACACCAGUCCGGCUGAGGUCUACAAGGCCAGCCACGAAGACGUCUUCUCCCGUGCCGUUGAGCUGUCGCAAAAGAAGGAUCGUCUGGCCCUCAUGAACAUUGCCUACGAUGAACCCGAGGACAUCAACUUCACGCCAGCACAUGCUCUUUUCAAUAUCAAGGACCGAAACAACCGGAAGCCGUUGGCCGACAUCACUCAGGAGGGCGUCCUGGCGAAUCUCAUGAACGUAGCCCGAGAGGGGUACGCCGACAGCGGCUUGGGACGUCUAGAGCAGGCGGGCCGGCCACGUGCCUCGGCGCCACCUAUCGAGGUGAGCUGCUGCAGCCGCGGAGCGGCACUGGAGACAGAGAGCAUUCUCUUCAACGUGGGCAUGCGCAAGAGCCUGUUUGGCCCGACCAUUCACGAGGAGCGCGCGCUGGUCACGGAGAGGAUCCCCUUGGAGCGGUUCCCUCCGCCCAAGCUGCUUCCUGCGCCUGACAACGAGAAGAAGAAAUUCAGCAACAUCGCUGUCCCGUCGAUGCGCCGCUUUGUCACGGACAGCGGCAAAUUGGCCACGCUCGACAAGCUGUUGACCCGGCUCAAGGCGGAGGGUCAUCGUGUGCUGCUCUAUUUCCAGAUGACUCGCAUGAUCGACCUCAUGGAGGAGUACUUGACGUACCGCAACUACAAGUACUGCCGUCUCGACGGUUCCACCAAGCUGGAGGACAGACGAGAUACCGUCGCCGACUUCCAGACGCGGCCCGAGAUCUUCAUUUUCCUUCUCUCGACACGUGCCGGCGGUCUCGGUAUCAACCUCACGUCUGCCGACACCGUCAUCUUCUACGACUCGGACUGGAACCCCACGAUCGACUCGCAGGCCAUGGACCGAGCUCACAGACUGGGUCAGACCAGGCAGGUUACCGUUUACCGUCUCAUCACGAAGGGUACGAUUGAGGAACGCAUUCGGAAGCGUGCCAUGCAGAAGGAAGAGGUGCAGCGCGUCGUCAUCCAGGGAGGCGGUGCCAGCGUCGACUUCUCCGGCCGCCGCGCUCCGGAGAACCGCAACCGUGAUAUCGCCAUGUGGCUUGCGGACGACGAGCAGGCGGAGCUGAUUGAGCAACGCGAGAGGGAACUUCUCGAGAGCGGCGAGCUCGACAAGCCACAGAAGAAGAAGGCCUCUAAGCGUAAGCGGGCCGUGAAUGAGGACAUCAGCCUCGACGAGAUGUACCACGAGGGCGAGGGCAACUUUGAUGACAACCGCGCCGGCGCCGCCGGAACCUCGGGCACCGCCACGCCUGUCGCUGAGACGGAAGUAAAGGGAGCCAAGAAGCGACGCACCGGCGGAGGCAAGAAGGCCAAGACCCUGAAGCAGAGACUUGCCGUUGCCGACGGUCAAGUAUGAAGCAUCGAUGGAAGACGAAGAACCCCCUUGGCCCCCUCCCCUUUUAGAUGAACGAUGAGCGGACUACAACAAACGAGCAGCGACUCGUCUGAACAUGAGUUUCAAACAAACGGUCGCACGGAUUGUAGCGAUAUGGAUUAUGGGUGGAUGGAAGGAAACACUGCUAGACGCGCGAGA